AUGGCCGCCAGCUCGACGCGCCCAUAUAAGGAGUCCUUCUCAGUCUCAGCCAUGGCUCGUUUCUUCGCUGCUCUCCUGGCCGCUGCUGCCGUAUUCCAGGUCGGCUCUGCCGCCCCUUACUCAUUCCCCAACGGCACCGCCCCUGCUGCUCCCGUAUCUCUCACGUCGAGAGCCAUUAACAGCACCGCCCCUAUCCCCGAGGAGAUUCUCAAGCGUCGCCUCCGGGACUUCCCCAUUGCUCUUCACCGGCCUUAA